AUGGCGCCUUCCAUCGACGUUCGCGCGCUCGUUCGCGCGGCGAAAACGCGCGAGAGUGAGGUGACGUCGACGAGUGAACGACACGACCGCUUUUUCCCCGACGGAUUCGUCGACACGACGUUGGACGACGAUGGAUGUGGCGUCGCGUCAGAAAAAUCCAUUCCCAUCGCCACCGUCGAUGGAUUGUCGUACGAACGGGAGUGGCUGGGUGAAAGAGACGCGGACGAACUCGAGCGCGCGUUGCUCGCGUCGCCGUCGUCGUGGUGGACGUCGUGGUCGAACGCGAGACGAGUGAUGAACGCGGGAGGGAACGCGCCGUCUCAACUGUUUCGAGGCGAGGAGGAUUUGAAACAUUUUCCAGCGUAUUUGAGAGCGCUCAUGCGAGCGAUGGUGAACCGGAAAACGUCCGAUGCGGAGCCAAAUCACGUCUUGGUGAACGAGUACGAAUCACGAGGUGGGAUCACGCCGCACUCGGACGGGGCGGUGUACGCCGAGGACGUGUCGAUCCUCACGCUUCGCGGGACGGCGCUCAUCGAAUUUUGGCCUUCCGAGGGCGAGAUCACGGGACGACCGAUCGCGAGCGUCUUGCUCGAACCGAGAAGCGUGUUGACGUACAAGGGCACGGCGUACAGACUGCGUCACGGCAUUCGAGAGACGGACGCCGACGUCGUCACGGAGGAGACGGCGAACGCGCGCGCGUUGGGAUUAAAUCCGGGCGCGCGCGUCGAGCGAAAUCCCCGAGGUAGAGUCUCCGUGGUUUUCGUGCGAAAGCGUACCGUCGUGUAA